AAGCGCAAUCCAAAAUCCAUAAUAACAAAAUAAUAGUUAAUAUUAUUAUUAAUAGCGAGUUUUUUUUUAAUAUUAUUGUUUUGGUCGUUUUGUUUGGUGUGUCUGUGUGGGCUGGUGAUGUUAUGAUUUCUAUAAUAAAUGUCAACGUCUCAUACUCUUAUCUUAUUCUUUUUUCAAACCACGGACAUAAUUAAUCACCGACUGAAUGCCGACGUUUAAUCUCGUUCAAUAAAAUUAGAAUAUUAAGUAAACAUAAGUGUUUUUUUUUUAUUCUUCGCCCAAGGACUGUUUCCUUACUUCUUUUACCAAUGACUUAUUCAUCUCUUCAACGUACUCCUAGAAUGCAAUAUGCACUCCCUGCCCAUUGUGACGCCUCGGAUUAAGUCUUGGCCUUAGACUUGAACCAAUAAAUCUAUAAAGCAAAAAUGUUAGCAUCUUGUUCGAUAUGUGGAGAUUGUUUCACUGGAAUUCAUCCUGAAUCAGUUCAUACAACACCGUGUGGCCAUGUCUUCCACUACGAAUGUCUCAUGACAUGGAUUCAAAGAUCCCAAACAUGUCCACACUGCCGGUCAAAAGUAACCGAAAAGCAAAUUAUCAAAUUAUAUUUUCACAACAAUUCAAAUUUAAGUAUAAAAGAAGACAUAUCUUCACUGACACACCAAGUGCAAUCACUUACGUAUGAAAAUACUCUGAAGAAUGAAGAAAUAAAAAAUUUGUUGAUUAUAACCAAAAAAGAAAAAGAACAACUGAUGUCAUUAAAGAAACAUGUUAAAGAUGUGGAAGACAAAAUACGAGGCCAUCAAACAUUUGUAUCUAGCUUACAAGAAAAUAUCCGUUUUCUUAAAUCUGAAUGCAAAAAAUCUACUUGCUAUAAACUUGAAGCUGAAGAAUUAAAAAAAGAAUUGGAAAAAUACCAAUCAAUAAACAAUAUAUUAUAUGGAACAGCUGCAGAUUCUCAAGAAGCUGUAUCUUUGUUAAAAAAAAAGACUGAUAUUCAAACUUUAUGUUUACUUAUAACCUCUUUUAAAAAAGAAAUUCAAACUUUAAAAGAGAGCAAUUUAGAUUUGGAAACCAAGUUUUCACAACGUGUUACUAAAUACAUGGAACUUAAAAGACAUUUGUGCAAUGUAAAUUCAAAAGAAUCCAUGAAUACUCGAGUAAUGGAAAAACUGAAAUCAGAAAUUACUGAUCUUGAAGCAGAAAUUGUAAGACUGCAAAAGAAAUGUGAAAAUUUAGAAUCGUUGGUUCAAUCAAAUGAUAAUACUCCAAGAAGAGCUGAAUUACGUAAAAGAAUAAUACACGAAAGUCCAGCUCCUGAGUUAUCCAUUACUCCAAGUUUAGAAAAAGGUAUAAAAACAGUUAUAUACUCUCCAGAAAAUUCACUUUCUUCUAUGGUUCAACCUAAAGGACAAUUAAAGCCACAUAGUUUAAACAACAAAACAGAACAAUCAUCAUCACAAUGUGUCAACACAUUUAUGCCUAAAAGUCCUCGGCGACCAAUUGGAUUUAUGAGACCACCUUUAACUACUAAAUCGGUAAGUGCAAAUUAUGUAUCAAAAUCUAUUGUUUUUUCAAGUAGUUCAGAUGAAGAAAUGUAUGAUGGUCUUGGUGGUCGUUCGAAACCAGAUGUGUACCCUAGUCGACAAAAACCAGUAACUAAAAAGCGAAAAUUAGUUUCUAAUUUCAAAAAAAAACCACCACCAUCAAAUGGUAAUUCAACUUUGGAUAGUUUUUUAUCUGCUGAAAUUCUUUAAUUAUGUAUCUCUUACUAAAAAAAACAAUUUAUGUAAGUGUAAUUUUUUAUAGUAUUUAUUUGACAAUAUUAAAUUAUGUUUAAAUAACAAUAUUAGAAUUCUUUAAAGUACAAUAAUAAUUUUUUUUUUAUUGGUGUAUCUCUUUUUUUUAAAUUAAUGAUUUACAGUUUGUUGAUAAAUCAUAAUUAAAUUUAAAUAUAUAUACAUAAAUUGCUCAUUACUAAUACAAAUAUUAUUGUUGACUUAAUAAUAUUGCAUUUUGAACACACUUUGGUGUUUGGCUCCUAUGAAAAUAAAAUCAAUUGUUAAAAAAAUUUCAAAAAUAUUUGUAUCAUGAAUAAAUAAUUAAAUAAUGUAUUGAGAUUUAA